GUGGCAAUCACACGUUGAUUCUUCUCAACUAAUCACAAAGACAUCGGCACCCUUUAUCUAGUAUUUGGUGCUUGGGCCGGAAUAGUAGGAACCGCACUUAGCCUCCUAAUCCGGGCAGAAUUAAGCCAGCCCGGCGCUCUCCUCGGAGACGACCAGAUUUAUAAUGUAAUUGUUACAGCACAUGCUUUUGUAAUAAUUUUCUUUAUAGUAAUGCCAAUUAUAAUUGGAGGCUUUGGGAACUGACUAGUUCCCCUUAUGAUUGGUGCACCAGACAUAGCCUUUCCUCGAAUAAAUAACAUGAGCUUCUGACUCCUUCCCCCCUCAUUUCUACUUCUCCUUGCCUCCUCUGGAGUUGAAGCAGGGGCCGGUACAGGUUGAACUGUAUACCCUCCCCUUUCAGGCAAUCUUGCCCACGCAGGACCUUCUGUUGACUUAACUAUCUUCUCCCUUCACCUGGCCGGGGUGUCCUCUAUUCUUGGUGCAAUUAAUUUUAUUACAACAAUUAUUAAUAUGAAACCCCCUGCCAUUUCUCAAUAUCAAACACCUCUCUUUGUGUGGUCUGUCUUAAUUACUGCCGUAUUACUUCUUCUAUCCCUUCCCGUCCUUGCCGCCGGCAUCACAAUACUUCUUACGGACCGAAACCUCAACACAACCUUCUUUGACCCUGCCGGAGGCGGAGACCCUAUCCUUUAUCAACAUCUGUUCUGAUUCUUUGGUCACCCAGAAGUUUAUAUUCUAAUUCUUCCCGGAUUUGGUAUAAUCUCACAUAUUGUUGCGUAUUAUGCAGGCAAAAAAGAACCCUUCGGAUAUAUGGGUAUGGUCUGAGCCAUAAUGGCCAUCGGCCUCCUAGGGUUCAUUGUGUGAGCCCACCACAUAUUUACUGUAGGAAUGGACGUAGACACACGAGCUUACUUUACUUCCGCCACAAUAAUUAUUGCUAUCCCAACCGGAGUAAAAGUCUUCAGCUGACUAGCCACUCUGCACGGCGGUUCAAUUAAAUGAGAAACCCCCCUCUUAUGAGCACUAGGCUUCAUUUUCCUGUUUACGGUAGGGGGCCUGACCGGAAUCGUCCUAGCUAACUCAUCCCUAGACAUUAUGCUUCACGACACAUACUAUGUUGUUGCCCAUUUCCAUUAUGUCCUCUCAAUAGGAGCCGUAUUCGCCAUCGUUGCUGGCUUCGUCCACUGAUUCCCCCUAUUCUCAGGGUACACACUGCACGACACCUGAACUAAAAUUCACUUUGGGGUUAUAUUUGCUGGCGUCAACCUUACUUUCUUCCCACAGCACUUCCUGGGCCUAGCUGGCAUACCUCGCCGAUACUCCGACUACCCCGACGCCUACGCUCUUUGAAACUCGGUCUCUUCAAUUGGCUCAAUAAUCUCCCUGGUUGCAGUAAUUAUGUUUCUGUUUAUUAUUUGAGAAGCAUUCGCCGCUAAACGGGAAGUAUUGUCAGUGGAACUCACAGCAACAAACGUAGAAUGACUUCACGGCUGCCCUCCUCCUUACCACACCUUCGAAGAACCAGCCUUUGUUCAAGUUCAACAGGCUUGAUUAGACUACAAAAAACCUGCUGCCACCCCCUCAAACCCUCACUAG